AUGGGACACGCUCCCAAACGAGCCAGGACAAUUGAAUCGGGCGCUUGCUCGCACUGUGUCGCUCGACGAGAACGGUGCUACAUUGGUGUGCGGGGCGUUCCCUGCUCCAACUGUCGCCGCUCGAAUACCCGUUGCGACGGCAUCGCUAGCCAAGAAAUCACACCGAAGAAGAGGCUCCCAUCUAGGAUCUACUGUGAUGAUGGGUUGUUCGAGUCUCAAAUACGCAGAACUGAACAAGAGCAAUUACCUCGGGCUCGUAUCACCGCGGACCUUCCAGCGACCGAUCCAUUAGAGAAUUAUGUAUCGAUUAUGCAUCAACUUCUCGGUCCCCAGGCGCCCGAUCGAUCUCGUCUGAACAAUACCCCUCGAUACGUAUCAGAGCUUCCAGCUCGUCUAGAAGUGAGCGACCUUGAUUAUCUAGAGAGCAAGGGGGCUUUAUGUCUUCCCACAGCACCAUUUCGAAAGCAGCUUUUGAAAAGCUACAUAUUAUGGGCACACCCUCAGGUACCAGUGUUGGAUCUGGAUAAAUUUUUGCAUUCAAUUGCUGCAAAUGACGGGAAAACUCGCAUUAGCCUGCUCUUAUUCCAUGCAGUCAUGUUCGCCGCUUCUGCGUUCGUGGAUAUAUCACACAUCCAAGAGGAGGGAUAUAUGUCGCGCAAAGUAGUUCGCGAGGUUUUGUUCCGACGAGUAAAGGUACUUUUGGAACUUAAUUGCGAGGAUGACCCAAUUUCAACAGUCCAAGCCCUACUUCUGCUGAUUCACUGGAACGAUCUACCUCAAUCGGAAAAUGUUGCUAGCCACUGGAUAGGUGUUUGUCUAUCGUUAGCAAUAUCUAUCGGUCUCCACCGCAAUCCAGAUUCUUCUACCCUCACGUCGUGUGAGCAAAAGAUGCGCAGGCGCACCUGGUGGAGCGUGCACAAUCAUACUCGACUAACCGUGGAGAACCUCCUCUCCGUGAUACGCAUGCAGGAGGACCGCGAGGACAGAAAUUUGUUCGAUAUUCCGAUGAUCACACUGAACGACUUCCAACUUCACAUCUUCCCCCUGAGAUGCGAGCAGUUGUGGACGAUUUUGUCUCGAUUUUCGAGCAUCUUGAACCGAGUACAGAAGGUGGUGUGUGGAGAAGACAUAGCAAACGAUGACGUCCAUUUGAAGCCAGGAUCAACACAAGACGAGAUCGAGAAGUAUCGGCGAUGGCAACUCCAGCUCCCUGUCUCCGCUAGUCAUCAGUGUCCACUGGACCUGCUUCCGACAGACUGUGAACGCAGCAUUUAUUUACAUCAAUCCUGGCUUCGGCUCCUUUAUCUGGGUUCUUUAUACGCAGCAUGCUGUACCGACAAAGAACCCUCGGGUGACAGUCUGGCUGUCUCUGGACACAAAUCCCGGUCUGCCCUAAUUGACAAAUGUCUGCUGGAUAUCACAGAGGUCCUUGAUGAGAUCGACUGUCUAGAACUAUCCGAACAGCUACCGUGUCCAACCUCGGCGUUGUUGAUACUUGUAUUAGGCUACCACAGACAGCCAUCCCAGGCUAGUAUCGAAAUAAAUGCACGACAAAGCUCUCGCUCACUGCACAAGUGUUGGAAAAUUCUGCGCAAGCUGAAGGAAACCUCUCAUUUGGCUGCUCGUAUGUCCGCUGCCGUCGAAGGUACAAUCUGUGACGAACUUUGGGAAUCAAUUUCAACCAUCCAUUUGCCGUUGAAAAAGAUUUCGCUUCCGGAUGAUCUCAUGGGGAGUUCCUGGGGGUUGAAUGGUCUGUGA